GGGGGAAAGGCUCUGGGAAGCUUUGGGUCUAACCUCUAGCUCUGCCAGUCUUGAAAAGCAGGUUAGGCUGUGUACGUAGCUCAUGGUAAGGUUGCAUUGCAGACGCUUCCGACUAACAGCUGUAUUGGGCGGGAUAGUGUGAGGUGGCACGGUGGAGCUGCACACGCAACAAUGCAGAACUUUGCGUGUUCCGUGUACUGUUUGGAUAAGCUAUUUAUAGCAGCUCUGAGUAGCCUAGUUCGUGCUUCUUCAUUGGGUAAAAGUGCAGCAACAGAACAACCAAUGAAAAGAUCUAAUAUAAGUCGUUUACGUUCCCAUUUGUGACGACACACUGAAAGUAAUCCAAUCGUGAAAGAAAUCCUGUUGACCUCAUUUGAAUAUCGCGUCUAUAAAUGAAUGUGGAGUAAGGUCCUGAAGCGGGAUCGUUUCCUCCUGCUGCCUUAGUGGACCUGUUUUGGGUUAGUUUCAGUUUUGUUCCACCAUGCCCGAGUCCAGGAAGGCGCCCGCCCCGAAGAAGGGCUCCAAGAAGGCGGUGACCAAGGCGCAGAAGAAGGACGGCAAGAAGCGCAAGCGCAGCCGCAAGGAGAGCUACUCGGUGUACGUGUACAAGGUGCUGAAGCAGGUGCACCCCGACACGGGCAUCUCGUCCAAGGCCAUGGGCAUCAUGAACUCGUUCGUCAACGACAUCUUCGAGCGCAUCGCGGGCGAGGCGUCGCGCCUGGCGCACUACAACAAGCGCUCGACCAUCACGUCCCGGGAGAUCCAGACGGCCGUGCGCCUGCUGCUGCCUGGGGAGCUGGCCAAGCACGCCGUGUCCGAGGGCACCAAGGCCGUCACCAAGUACACCAGCUCCAAGUGAGCCAUG